UGUAGAGGCCGCUUCCGGUUCGAGCACCCGGAACCGCCGCCUCUAGGGAUGGACGCUACAGGUCAGACUCUGAAGAAGGCUGAGAGAAGCCGGUCCUGUUCUCGGGAGAAGAAGGAGGGUUACACUAAGGACAUGGUGACGGACUUUGAUGAGAAACACGAUGAGUAUUUAAUAUUGCUCCAGCAGAGGAACCGGAUAUUAAAGCAUUUGAAAGCCAAGGACCCCAUGCAGUUGAGGCUGGAGCACCUGGAACACGGGUUCUCUGUCUACGUCAACGGGGCCAAUUCUGAACUGAAGACAUCCCCUCGGAAAGCCAUCCACUCCAGCUUCUCCAGAAGUGCCUCCCACGCCGAGGGGACUCACGAUUGCGGACGAAAAACCCUGUUUCGAGAAGCUGAAGAAACUUUAAGACGCAAUUCACGGACGGCCCCCAGCAAAGUCCAGCGCCGAGGAUGGUACCAGAAAUCUGUGCAGAUCAGAACAGAAGCUGGCCCGCGGCUCCACAUCGAGCCUCCUCUGGACUAUUCUGAAGACUGUGAGCCACGUGGGGGUGUGAUUGUCAAGGCAGAGGAUGCUCCUGGGGAUCGUCCACAGGAGCUAAGAAAAAGCCUGGAACUUAGUGUCAACCUACAAAGGAAAGAAGAGGAUGGUUCCAGUGAUGAGUAUGACUCUAUCGAAGAAGAUGUACUCUCUGAGCCGGAGCCUGAGGACCAGGUGCUGGUGCGUCGUCCUAGAGAUGACUCCCCUCUUCCCAGUGGGGACUCUGUGCAAAAGAAUGUUUCCGAGGACCAGGAGACAGAAGGACGCCCUCCCCAGGGCCCAGAUACCCUCGUAGUGCUGGAAUUUAACCCAGCUUCCAAAAGUAAUAAAAAGGAAAGGAAUUUGUCUGCUAAGCGGAAGGACAACGCUGAGGUCUUCAUUCCCAGCAAACCCGAGCCAAACCGGAGCCCCCAGCCCCUGACCGUGUUCCCAGACCAGGAGAGGGCAAGCUCAAGACCUGGAAGCCACCGAGAGAGACCCCUAUCAGCAACGCGAAAACUCGUGUGCAAGGCUGAGGACCGAGAGGAGGACGCCUCAGCCGUGCUCAGAGCCAUCCAGGUGGAGAACGAAGCCCUGCAGAGGGCGAUCCUCAGCAGAAAGGCUGAGCGCCCCGCCAGCCCACCACAGGGCACAGAGAGACCACCAGCAGAGUCAUGGACCGGUCUGCUGAAGGAGGAGACCCCUGAGCCACCCUCCAUCACCGCGGCAACGGGCACAGCGACCAGCUCGCAGGAGCAGUCCAGGGCAGCAGGGGGAGCCAGAGCCGUCAGUGAAGCCAUCGACGGGAUCGGCCUUCCGGGGAGCAGACACCAGCAGAAGGUUCUGAAAGUCCUCCAGGCCAUCGAAAGUGACUCCACCCAACUCAGCCAGGUUGUUUCACCCACUGAGGAGCAAGUUCUGGACCCAGAGGACAAAUCGGGACCGAAAGCAGAAGAGAUCAAGGAUGCCAUCUACGUGACCAUGGAUAUCCAGUCCAACUGGGGCAGCGCGUCGUGGGUGGGUCUCACGGAAGUGGAAUUCUUCGACCGGAACGACAUAAAGCUUUAUGUGUCGCCUCACGAUGUGGCUGUCCGGAACUCUGACACGCCCGGGGAGCCGGGCCACCUGGUCAGCAGGAACUUAGCUGGCAAGAAAGACCCUUCCUUGUGGACGUGCCCCUUCCACCCGCCGCUCCAGCUCUUUUUUGUUAUCCGCAACACGAGACAGCUGCGUGACUUUGGUCUAACCAAGAUCAAGGUUUGGAAUUACUGCACGGCUGACGGCGAUCUUGACAUUGGGGCCAAAAACGUGAAGCUGUAUGUCAACAAAAAACUCAUCUUUGAUGGCAACUUAGACAAAGGAGGUGACGAGGCCCCACAGAGCAUCCUGGUGGGCCUGCAAAAUGAGAGAAUGGAACAUAGCGUUGCUGCCCACUCAGAAGAAAGCAAAGGUGCCCGCAAGAGGAACAGCACCGAUGGGGACAAGCAGCUCGGUGCCAGUUACUCGCAGCCAGCUGGAGCAGCAGAGGAUGUGAAGGCCUCUUCACAAGGACAUUUAUUUGGUGGAAGGAUGAAUUCUCCUGACUGCAUGAAAGACAAUUUGUCCAAGUUAGAGGAAGAGUGCAGCUUUUUAGCCGCACCAUCCUCGCCGGGUGGCAUGCCCAGUGUCCCUCCCCACUCCUCCCCCGCGGAAUGCCCUCCUCCUCUUGACCAGGAGCUCUCGCUGAUCCAACAGCUGGAAAACCUUAUGGGCAGAAAAGUCUCUGAGCCUCCAGGGAAAACCCCAUCCUGGUUGCAACCUUCUCCCGCAGGGAAAGGCAGGAAGCAGGGAGGCCUGAAGUCAAAACCCCUCUGGCUGAGUCCGGAGAAGCCGCUGGACUGGAGAGGCAGGGUUCCGUCAGAGGAUAUCAUCCGUGAGGGGCCUGGAGAGACCGAGGCUGGAGAUACAGGCCCCAGGCGUGAGCAAGGGCGGACAAGCAGCCGGAAUGUCAUCGCCAGCGAGAGAGCUCAGAGAGCGACCCCCAGAGUCUGCGGUGAUGACUUCGACACCUUUAACCAACCCUCCCACAGGGAGCACCCUGCUAGUGGGAGGAGGGGCCUGAGGAAGGGCGCCCUCAGCAACAGUCACAGUGACGGCCACCCAGACAGCAGAGAAGAUGCCUGGUCCACCCGGACGCCACUGCGGCCCCAGUGGCACAGCAAGCAGGAACACACCUUACGUGAAUCGUGGAACUCCCUCACCGUCUUUGACCACUCCCACCGGGGACGCAUCUCCAACGUGGAGUUCCAAGGCGACAUCCUGGAUGAGUUCCUGCAGCAGCAGAAGAGCAGCCGGCACAGCGACCAGCCGCACCCCUGGAAGGAGGAGAAGCCGGAGCCCAUGAAAGGACAGGAGCACGGCUCCCCAGAGGUAGAUGACGGGGGUGACUUUAAAAUCCCCGUCCUGCCUUAUGGACAGCACUUGGUCGUCGAUAUCAAGUCCACGUGGGGGGACAGGCACUACGUUGGCCUUAACGGGAUAGAAAUAUUCAGUUCCAAGGGAGAGCCGGUUCAAAUAGUGAACAUUCAAGCCGACCCCCCGGACAUCAAUAUCUUACCAGCCUAUGGGAAAGACCCCCGUGUGGUCACCAACCUUAUCGACGGGGUGAAUAGGACCCAGGACGACAUGCAUGUCUGGCUGGCCCCCUUCACGCCGGGCAAGUCCCACUCCAUCUCCAUUGAUUUCGUGCAGCCUUGCCAAGUCGCCCUGAUCAGGAUCUGGAAUUACAACAAAUCGCGGAUACACUCCUUCCGGGGUGUGAAGGACAUCACGAUGCUGUUAGAUACACAGUGCAUCUUCAAGGGAGAAAUCGCCAAGGCCUCAGGCACCCUGACGGGAGCUCCAGAGCACUUUGGAGACACGAUCUUAUUCACAACGGAUGAUGACAUUCUUGAGGCUAUCUUCUGUUCUGAUGAGACGUUUGACUUGGACGUGGAGAGCCUGUGCAGCCUGCGGUGCGAGGAGGCGCUGAGGAGGCCCAGCACGGCCGACGGCCUGGGGGAGGAGAGGCCCUACACCCAGGCUGGCUCCUGGGCUGAUGACCGGACUCCUGAACCAGAGCUGCCCCCCAGCCCCCCUGUCCCUGAAGUAACCAUGCCAGAGCCGGGCAUCUACCAGGGCAUCUGCCUCCAGCUGAAUUUCACCGCCUCCUGGGGAGACCUGCAUUACCUGGGGCUCACAGGCCUGGAAGUGGUGGGCAAGGACGGCCAGGCACUGCCCAUCAACCUGCACCAGAUCUCUGCCUCCCCCAGAGACUUAAAAGACCUCCCUGAGUGCACCGACGACUCCCGGACCCUGGACAAGUUAAUCGAUGGAGCCAACAUCACGAUGGAGGAUGAGCAUAUGUGGCUGAUCCCCUUCUUGCCGGGGCUGGACCACGUGGUCACGAUCCACUUCGACAGAGCCGAAAGCAUCGCAGGCCUGCGCUUCUGGAACUACAAUAAAUCUCCCGAGGACACCUAUCGAGGGGCUAAAAUCGUCCACGUCUCCCUGGAUGGCCUGUGCGUCUCCCCUCCUGAGGGCUUCCUCAUCCGGAAGGGGCCGGGCAACUGCCACUUCGAUUUUGCUCAAGAAAUCCUCUUUGUGGACUACCUGCAACGCUGCCCGCUGCCCCCACCAGCCCAGAGACUGGACACAAAGAGCCUGGAGCGGGCGAGCAUGGACUAUGAGGCGCCCCUGAUGCCCUGUGGCUUCAUUUUCCAGUUUCAGCUCCUGACCAGCUGGGGUGACCCCUAUUACAUCGGUCUUACCGGCCUGGAGCUGUAUGACGAACAGGGAGAGAAAAUCCCUCUGUCGGAAAACAAUAUCGCCGCCUUCCCCGACAGCGUCAACUCUCUGGAGGGCGUAUGUGGGGACGUCCGGACCCCCGACAAGCUCAUCGACCAAGUGAACGACACCAGUGACGGCAGACACAUGUGGCUGGCUCCCAUCCUGCCCGGCCUGGUGAACCGGGUUUAUGUGAUUUUCGAUCAGCCUACCACGGUGUCAAUGAUCAAACUGUGGAAUUACGCGAAAACACCCCAUCGAGGGGUGAAGGAGUUUGGCCUCCUGGUGGAUGACUUGCUCGUGUACAAUGGGAUCCUGGCCAUGGUGGGCCACCUGGUCAGGGGCAUCCUGCCCACAUGCGAGCCCACAGUACCCUACCACACCAUCCUCUUCACCGAGGACACGGACAUCUGUCACCAGGAGAAACACACCGCCAUCAGUAAUCAGGUGGAGGGUCAGGACGUGCAGAUGAUGAAUGAAAACCAAAUCGUUACCAACUCGAAAAGGAAGCAGAAUGCAGCUGACCCAGCCUUACGCCCCAAAACCUGCAUCAGCGAGAAGGAGACAGCGAGACGCUGGCGGUGCUGACCGCUGAAGGAGGGGGAGCUGGUCCUCUCAGCCAGGGUGGGGCUCCGUUACCCAGCCCCAACUCAGCACCCAUGUCCCCCGCCCUCAGGCCUCCGUGUGGGCCAGCCCAGACCCCAGACCCCAGACCCCAGGAGCUGGAAGGGAGCUGCAGCAUGGAGGGAGCCCGCUGGAGAGAAGGGACUCAAGGGGUGAAUGGCCUUGGGAAAUACAGGAGUUCUGGGCAGGUGGAAGAAGUGGUGUGGUGUGGCCUUCCACUGUCCCCCCGCGGUCCUGGGGCCAGCUGCAGGGAGCCUGGGGUCCCCUGGCUCCAUCGCUCUACCGUGAGAUCCAGCAAAGCAGGGCCCGAGUCUGCUGAGGCCUGUCGUGGGAUCCGCGGGCUCGGCCUGACUCCAGGCAGGAAGGUACCAUGGCCAGCCAUGCCAGGGCCUGGAGUAGGGCUGAGCGGGCGAAGGAGGCCAGGCGUCGGACACCAACGCCGACAGGCGUAGAGUCCUGCCUUCCGAGGCCCCCGCUGAGGGGCCGCAGCUCCCACCCCCACCGCCUCCCCGCCUCAUCUGGGGGCUGCGGAGCCAGCUGAGCAGGUGGGACUUUCCCCUGGACCCCUGCAGAUGUCUAGCCUGGACUGUUACCACCCCUUCACCCAUCCUGGGUCCCGCCCAGGCCCAGUUAAGAAGGAGGGAUCCCCUGAGGGGAGCCGGUCCUGCAGGGCCUCUGUCCUCUGGUCAAGCCCAAGAAGGGAUCUGCCAAGGGCAUGUGUCCUGCUCAGCAACGGAGGGAGCUGAACCCACCGGUGGCCUACAGCCGGCCCCACCCUGGCAUGCGGAGCCUUGUCCCUGCGGUGCUGCCCGGCCCAGAUAGGACAGGUGGGCAGCGUCAUACCCCGGAAGGCCAGUAGGACACACCCAGAUGCCGUCUGGAUGCAGGGCCCGGAGCCAGAGGACCGGGGCCACAGCCUCAGGCUCGGGCCCCAGAAGCCCCGCCCCCUUCUGCUGGAACUAGCCUGGAGGGGGCGGGGCCCUCACUCCCCGCCUGUCCGUGCCCUCGGUCUGAUCCAGGCUUUUCGCGCUUGCUGUUUCCCUUUCCAUCUGUCCUUGACCCCGUGUCCUGGGCAUCGGGCAGUGAGGUUCUUGUUGCCGGGGGUCCCCACCCCUUCUCCCUCAUCGAGCAGCUUCCCAGCAAGUUGGAAAUAGGCCUUGCACCCCCAGCUGCGUGAAGCCCAAAACGCAUCUAUUUCCACCCGUGUAACAAGCUCGGAUCAGGGACCUAAUUGGUUUCCCGGUGGUGGGUAAUUUCUUGUUCCAAAUAUUAAUCCGUUGUUUUCCUGGCGCCCGGCCCAGCCCCGCCGCGUUACUGUACUCUAAGUAGUUCCUAUGCAACCAAAAGCCCCAGCAGAUACUUUAUGAGCUUUGCAGCUUCAGCUGAGCAGCUAUGCAAAUGCGCUUCUCAUUUGGAGCGUGGGGCUGAUGUGAAGAUAAGGAAUUGUUUCUCCCAGAGAAGAUCCAUCAUUUCUGUAGCUUGCAAGCCCCCGGCUGCCCUGCUCACCCCCCAGAUGUGGCAAGUGCCUCCGGGGCCUGGGGGCUCCCAGGAGACCUGACCAGCUUUUAGUGACCAAAACCAGGGCCGCGGGUUUCAAGGGAGCCCAGCCUUCCAUCCCCACCGAGGCAUGUUUACAGGUCAGACGUGUCCGGGAGCUUGCACGAAAACCGCACACACUUGCUCCCAGGAUCUCAGUUGAUGUUCAGAAUAAUUGUAUGUACCAUGCAAUUUAGGGGGAGAAAAAGCUGUACAGGCAUUAACUCUAAAAUAACUUUCUAUUUUUUUCUCUUGUAAAAUCAAUAAAAGAUGUUGUUAAGAA